AUGUUCGAGAACCUGUGUGCUCUCCCUGUGGAGCACGAUAUUUUUGUACAGACGGUCCAUCCCCAGCAGCCACUCGUAGCAGUCGGCCUGGCCAAUGGCGAUGUACACACCUACCGCCUCCCUGCCGGCGCAAGCGAUGACGACAACGACGACGACAAUGACACGACAUUAGCAUCCGAAAGCGGCUUUGGAACUAUCGACCGCAUCUGGCGCACAAGGCGACACAAGGGCAGUUGCCGGACCCUCGCAUACAGCGUCGACGGUGCGUCGUUGAUCUCUGCAGGCACCGACGGCAUAGUCAAGGUUGCGGAUUCCAUGACCGGCCAGGUGACCGCGAAGAUCACCAUUCCACUGGACCCCUCCAAUAGCGGCAUCGACGCGCCCACACUGGUCCACGCCCUGUCACCGCAAUCCCUCAUCCUCACCACCGACUCUGGAGCGCUGCAUAUAUACGACAUUAGGAACCUCAAAGGCGGAGAAAAAGUCUCUCUUAAACCAGAGAACACGCACCACCCACACGACGACUACGUCUCCUCGCUCACCCCACUACCACCUACACAAGCGAGUACAAGCGGCUUCAGCAAGCAAUGGGUCACGACAGGUGGCAGCACACUGGCCGUCACGGACAUCCGUAGGGGGGUCAUGGUCCGUAGCGAGGACCAAGAGGAGGAGCUGCUAAGCUCUACCAUUGUCACUGGCCUCUCAACAAAGGGCUCCAACGUCGGCGAGAAGGUUGUGGUUGGCGCCAGCAACGGUGUCCUCACCCUUUGGGAACGUGGUGUAUGGGAUGACCAAGACGAUCGCAUCAUCAUCGACCGCUCUAAGGGGGGCGGCGAGAGCCUUGACGCCAUCACUGUCGUGCCUGAUGGUGUUGGGCCAGGUGGAAAGAUUGUCGCCGUCGGUAUGGGCAACGGCAACAUUCGCUUCGCCAAGAUUGGCCCCAAUAAGAUUGUCGCCGAGCUCAAGCACGACGAGCUAUCGCAAGAAAGCGUCAUUGGCCUUGAUUUCGAUGUCACGGGCAGGAUGAUUAGCAGCGGUGGCAAGACUGUCAAGGUGUGGGGCGAGCAGACGUGGCAGGACGUUGAUGAAGACGACGAUGGCGAGGAAACCGAAAAUGGAAAGCGCCAGCACGAUAGCGAUGAGAGUGACGACAGCGAUGACAUGGACGAGAGCAGCGAAGACGAACCCAAGCAAAAGCGAAAGAAGAGAAAGAAGAACAAGGGUCAGCAAGCAAAGGGACACGACGACUGCAACUGCUUCUACUCUGCACUAUCCAAGACAUCCGUCUUCCAGCCCGCUACUUCUGAAGGACCAAGUGAUGCCACUGGUAAUCUGGAUGAGCUUGCCCUAGAUCAUAUCCGUGAUUUUGUCAGUCAAAAGCGCUUGCAGAGAAGUGAAAACGACACUCGAUCUCCUUCAUCAUCGCUUUACCAACCUCUUGCCGAUGGUGAGAUACGCGUUCUGGAGCUGUCCCCUGGGGAAUUUGAAGACCCUCUUCACGGUAAACUGCAUACCGUCAACAUCGACUUUUCACAUCCAUCAAGGGUUGAGCAUACCGUGUAUCCAUUUGACAACCCCGCAAACACGAGUAGAAGGACAUUCACAUAUACGAGGCACACUAAUCAUGCAGUGUCCCUGACUACAGAAAGUCCGGUAUGGUAUACUGCCCUCAGCUACGUAUGGGGAGCGCCAGUAUUUGACCAGACGAUUUGGUUGGGAGAUUUUUCUGUUAAGAUCCUGAAGAGCCUGGCUAGUGCUCUGCGCUACUUGCGCCUGAGAGACAAGAGUAUAUACGUGUGGACAGACCAGAUCUGUAUAAACCAGCAAGACAUAGCAGAGAAAGGACAACAAAUUCCACUCAUGCGCAUGAUCUACUCGCAUGCAACUAACACGCUUAUAUGGCUUGGCGACGAUGAUGGCGAAGACCCCGUCGGCGCCCUCGACUUGCUCGAGACUGUCUACGCUCGAUUACAGGGAACAGAUGCGCAAGUAACACCAGCAGACUUUGCCAGACUAGACUUUCCUCCCGUCUCGGACCAAGUAUGGUGGGAUAUCCGACAACUUCUCCGGAGGCCCUGGUUCAGUAGGUUGUGGACAAUACAGGAGGCGGUGCUAUCGAGGAAUCUGUUUAUCAAGUGCGGCCAUGCAUCAGUCUGCUGGGAUGACUUGGCGGCUUGGUGCUAUUGCUUGGAAGAGACCGGCAUACUCCGCUGGCUCGUUAGCAAUGCAGAUUUAGACCUUCAACGUCCCCUCCGAGAGAAUCCAAAAUUCUUGCCGCCGCAGGGAGCCGUGGUUGUGGAGUCCAUCCAGGCAGAUCGUCUUCAAAGCAUGGGGCUCAUCCAGAAGGAAUAUCUGCUGAACAUUCUAGUAUCAACAAGAUAUGCCCAGGCAACGGAGCCCAAAGAUAAAGUGUACGGUGUCCUUGGAAUAGCCGACUCCAACAUCGUCCCAGAUUAUUCUCCCAGUCUCUCUGUCAGAGAAGUCUAUCACCAGGCCUGCUUGACGCAGCUACCCCAUUUGAAAUAUGAGCUGCUAAGCUGCGUCGACCAUGAUCAGCCAUUGCAACCAUCUUGGGUUCCGGACUGGAGUACUCCGCGAGCUACUGAAGCGUUGGGUUACUCGACGAAAGCUUGGGCUCUGUAUUGCGCUGGAGGCAGACCCGUAAAUGGAAAGGAACCACCCAGAAUGGCAUUGAGCGAGGACAAGAAUGCACUCACGCUAACAGGAAAGGUUUUUGACACAAUCAUUAGUGCAGGGUGUGUAUGCGAGGAUCCUGUGCUUGACAUCGUCGACCCCAAAGGCCAAAAUCGCGAUCUGGCGUCAUACGUCGAGCUGGCACUCAAAUCGAAGCAAUGGCACAAGUAUCUCAUAUCUGGGACUUCUGUUUACAAGGCUUUCCUUAACACUCUACUUGCAGGACGGGAUGGCUCGGGGGCCUUGGCCCCGACAAUCGACCAUGAGGAGGCUUUCGGUCUAAUACUUGAUUCAACGACUGGCCAAACGCCUUCUUUGCCUGGCCAGACCAUCAGUACACGCCGGCAGAAGGGCCACUUUACACUCGAGAACCUCAAGACCCGGAAGCCGGCCAGGACUCUAGAAGAUUUGCAAACGGCGCUCCGGGCCGCAUUGAGCAUGCGCCGAUUCGCCGUCACCAAGGAAGGUUACUUUACGCUCGUUCCGAGGGGCGCGCAGAUCGGCGAUGAGAUCGCAGUGUUUGAUAGAGCUUGCGUGCCAUUUGUGCUGAGGCGGAAGAAUAGCGACUCAGCGCAGAAUGAUUUUGAACUCCUGGGCGAAGCGUACGUUCACGGUGUCAUGGAGGGAGAAAUCAUGAAUGUGGAUGACGUAAAACUCGAAGAUAUUACGCUUGUUUGA